AUGUUCAUUCCUCUAAUCAAUAGACCGACUCGGAUCACUGCUCAUUCGGCCACACUUAUUGAUAAUAUAUUCACGAAUAAUGUAAGGUGUAAACAUUUCAAUGGUAUUGUUAUUAAUGAUAUUUCUGACCAUCUACCGGUUUUUGUUUAUGAAGUGGAUGAGACAGAAAUAGCGUCGAAAAAUAGCCAAACUAAAUAUCUCACUAAAAGAGAUUUUUCAGAAAGAAAUAAGAGCAAUUUUCGGCUCUCUCUUUCUCGUGUUAAUUGGAAUUUACGUUUCGAUGAAAGCGAUACUAAUGAAUGUUAUAAUAGUUUUGUGAGUGAGUAUGUUCGAUUAUACAAUGAAAGCUUUCCAUUAAAAGCGAUAAAACUUAAAACAAAAGAAAGUAAUCGCUCCCUUGGAUAACGCAAUCUCUGCUUGUUUCUAUCAGGAAAAAAGAUAAACUCUAUAAGCAGUUCAUUAAUUCUAGGGACUCAACUACUGAGUUAAAAUACAAACGCUAUCGGAACAAACUGAAUCAUCUUAUAAAAAUUGCUAAACGAAAGUACUAUGAUAUAAAAUUUGAGAAGGCUAAAAAUAACCUGAAAGAAACUUGAAACUAAUCAAUGAUGUAAUCAACAAACCGAGCAGAAAAGCAGCUCUGCCAAAUUCCUUUUUCUCUGAUGGAAAACUGUUAAAUGAUCCACAAGAAAUAGCUAACUGCUUUUGUAAGUUCUUCACCAACAUAGGUCCGAAUUUAGCAAGGAAAAUUCCAGACACACAAGUAUCUUUUCGUAGUUUUCUUGGCGCUUCUGUUAAUGAGUCGCUUAUCUUAAAUCCAACUAAUAUUUGGAACUAA